UAAUUUACGAUCUUGCAUCAGAUUACCUGUAUACAAAAGUGAAUGGCUUUAAAUUAAUUUAUAUGCUAUGUAUUAUAGAUAUUAAUUUUUUUUUACACAGUUAUAAAUGUUCAAAUUUGUCAUAUGAUACUAUGAUAAUAUCACGAUUGCAUAUGCAAAUGUUGCAAUUUUUAAAUGAUAGAUAAAAUUCUAAUAAUCGAAAUGACAUUUUAGCAAAGUAUCAUAGUGAAAUCCUUUGAUUAUUGCUUGGAUUGUUAUAUUAGAUUUUUUAAUUUUUUUAUGAUAUAUAUAAUUUUAUUUAAUUGUUCAUACUGAAGUAUCAUAGUGAAAUCCUUUGAUUAUUGCUUGGAUUGUUAUAUUAGAUUUUUUAGUUUUUUUAUGAUAUAUAUAAUUUUAUUUAAUUAUAAUUUUAUUUUUUUAUAUCUUGUCUUUAUCAAAUAUUUUAUAUUUUUUUUUAUAUUAAAAAUAUUAUAUAAAAUUAUAGAUUCAAACGCGUACAUAAAUAUUUAUAAAAAAAUAUUUAUAAAAAAUAUUAAAUAUUAAUAUUAAUAUAAAACUUAAAGUAUGCAUAUAUGGAGAUGCAACAUGUAUACCCUUAAAUACGUCAGAACGUAUCUGGCGCAACUAGAUAACGGUAAAAAAGUGUGGAACAUGGCAUGGCAUUGCAGUGGAACUACAAACCAAGAAAUGGUAACCAAAUUAAAAGAAGCAGGUAUUCUAACAACAGACAGAGCAGAAGCUGCGAUGCUUGCUGUAGAUAGAGGAAACUAUUAUCAUGAAUCAAAUCCGUAUCUUGAUCAACCAAGAAAAAUUGGUUACAAUGUUACUAUUAGUGCCCCUCACAUGCAUGCAUAUGCCUUGUCUAUUCUAUCUGACCAAUUGUUCGAUGGAGCAAAAGCAUUGGAUGUUGGAUCUGGAUCUGGUUACCUGACUGCAUGUAUGGCAUUCAUGGUUGGUUCACGUGGUUGUGUAAUCGGAAUCGAUCAUAUUCCAGAAUUAAUAGAAAUUUCUACGAAAAACGUAAGCGAAGAUUGUCCUCAUUUCAUCCAGGAAGAACGCGUUAAAUUUGUAGUGGGAGACGGCCGAUUGGGAUAUGCUGCUGACAGCCCUUACAAUGCGAUUCACGUUGGAGCAGCAGCGGAAACUCUACCACAACAGUUAAUAGAUCAACUGACUCCUGGUGGACGGCUAAUUUGUCCAGUUGUUGCUAUAGAAGGUUUUCAAAGGUUUCAAGAUCUGGUACAAGUAGAUAAAAACAUAGAUGGUACAAUCACAAAGAAAAAAUUAAUGCAAGUUUCUUAUAUUCCUCUUACUGAUCCUGCAACUCAAUUAUUAAAUGAUUAAUAUUAUAAUUAUAAAUAUUUAGAAAUUGUUUAGACAGCUUUCAGUAUUAAGACAAUAUUAUCAUUGACGAUAAUGAUUAUGGCGUGAUAAUAAUGACUUUGUCAAUGAAAUGUUAACAUUUAAAUAAAUAUAAUAUACUUUUUUUCUUUAUGUAUUAAAGCAUACAAUGAUAAAUUAUUUUUCGCACGUAAAAUGAUUCGACAGAAUACUCACUUAAUAAUAAACUAUCGAUAAUAUGAUACAUAUCGUAAUUAAUAUUAUUCAUUUAAAUAAAAUUAAUUCAAUUUUUUUUAUUAAGAAAUUAAUUAAGUAUUCUAAAUCUUAUUAUUUUCAUUGUAAUCAAAUAUUUAAACAAUAAAUAAUAAAUUGUAUGUAUCUAAUAAAUUAUUUACAAAUUUACAAACAUACAAA